UCUUUGAUCCGGAACUAAUUAUUCGAGAACCCGGAAGAGGUUGCAGGUGUGCGAGAAGUGUGUUCGUUAAGGGAAAGUGAGGAACCGAAGGUGCGAGUGUGGAGGAGAGGUGGUCUUGAUGCUCUCCAGAUCCUUGGUUAUGGAGUAUUUGGCUCAUCCCGGUACCCUCAGCUUGGCCGUUGGAGUUGCCUGUGGCAUGUGCCUGGGCUGGGGUCUCCGUGUGCACUUUGGGAAGCUCCCCAAAAGUUCCCCAAGUGAGACAGACACAGAAACCGGAACUGAAACAAGCACCUUGGGAGAGAGUGGGGAGUACAAAAUGAUUCUUGUGGUUCGAAGUGACUUAAAGAUGGGAAAAGGAAAAGUUGCUGCCCAGUGCUCUCAUGCUGCUGUUUCUGCCUACAAGCAAAUUCAAAGGAGAAACCCGCAUGUGCUCAAACAGUGGGAAUACUGUGGCCAGCCCAAAGUGGUGGUCAAAGCACCUGAUGAAGAAGCCCUGAUGGAAUUACUGACCCAUGCCAAAAUGCUAGGGCUCACUGUAAGUUUAAUCCAAGAUGCUGGGCGCACUCAGAUUGAACCAGGCUCUCGUACCGUCCUAGGAAUUGGGCCAGGACCAGCAGACCUAAUGGAUAAAGUUACUGGCCAUCUCAAACUUUAUUAGACAGGCUUUCAUGUGAUGU